AUGCCACUCAAGACAGUUAUUUGUAUUGGUAUGGCCGGGUCUGGUAAGACCACUUUCAUGCAAAGGUUAAACUCGCAUAUGAGAAGUAAGCAAAAUCCACCAUAUGUAAUAAAUCUAGAUCCUGCUGUCCUCAAAGUUCCUUAUGGUGCUAAUAUUGACAUCAGAGAUUCAAUCAAGUACAAAAAAGUUAUGGAGAAUUAUGGGCUAGGUCCUAAUGGUGCCAUCGUGACAAGUUUAAACCUUUUCAGUACCAAGAUUGAUCAAGUGAUAAAACUAGUGGAAAACAAACGUGAUAAAAUAGAACAUUGUAUUGUAGAUACCCCUGGCCAAAUCGAAUGUUUUGUAUGGAGUGCUUCAGGUUCUAUUAUCACCGAGUCGUUUGCAUCUACUUUCCCAACCGUUAUCGCCUACAUCAUAGAUACUCCAAGAAACUCUUCACCAACAACUUUUAUGAGUAAUAUGCUUUAUGCAUGUUCCAUUCUUUACAAGACAAAGCUACCUAUGAUUUUAGUUUUCAACAAGACGGAUGUUUGCAGUGCUGAUUUCGCUAAGGAAUGGAUGACAGACUUCGAAGCAUUCCAAAGGGCUCUAAGGGAUGACCAAGAGGUAAACGGCAAUUCUGGACUUGGAUCUGGUUAUAUGGGAUCUUUGAUCAAUUCAAUGUCGUUAAUGUUGGAAGAAUUCUACUCACAAUUAGAUAUGGUUAGUGUGUCAAGUUUCACAGGCCAAGGUUUUGAUGAUUUUUUGAACGUGGUUGAUAAUGGUAAGAUUAAUGAGUAUGAUCAAUAUUACAAAGUUGAAAGAGAAAGAGUAUUAAAACUUAAAGAGGAGAAAGAAAAACAGAGAAAGGAUAAGUCCCUUGAAGGCUUAAUGAACGAUUUAGGAAUUAACGAUAAAAAGAAAUCGAAGGAUGAAGACGAUAGUGCAGAUGUAGUAAGUGAUUUGGAGGAAGGUGAAAACGAUGGCUUGGUGGUUCCUGAUGAAUUUGAAGACACCGAAAGAGAAUACACUUUUGCCCCUAGUGACAGAACCCAAGGUGAGGUCAAUGCUCAAUCUGCGCCAGAUUUACAGAAGGCUUACGAAGAAGCCGCCAAUAGGGUUGGUAAAAGUGCUAGCAGUGAGACUGCAGAAAAUAUUGCCAGAUAUUUAAGACAGUAG